AUGGAUGGUGUGGCGUCGUCGAUGGGUCUCGAGGCCUUCCGGGCACCAAUGUCGAACAACUACCAUGACCCGCAGAGCGGGAUGUGGUGCAGAGCCCUCUCUAGAAAAAGCUUCGUACGAUUCUUUGCGCAUCUCAUCGCCAUCAUACUUUUGAAAUUCAAGAGUGUGGAACACUUGGCACUAUUGCUUCCGACCCGUGUACUUCAAAACAUCACGAAAUUUGCCUCACAGAUCAUUCAUAUGCCCCAACAGGGUGGAAAGGGAAUCAGGAUUCGCGACUUUUUGACCCUUCGAUCUCUGUCCAUAGGGGCAGACCCCCGCGAUGUGGCUAAUACGGGCUCGGUGGCGCAGAUUGACCCUGGAUUCGGGGCUCUCUUCUCUUGGAAUGCUGGAGCGGAGGUUUUCAUACAUGGCUUCGAGGUAGGAGAUGCUCUCGCACAUAUCGCACCAAAGCUAGGCUCGAUCAUACUGAGCGGCUGCUCCAUCUCAAAAUCGCAACUUCAUCACGUUUUGAGCAGAUGUCAGGCAUUGGAAAAGUUCACGUUCAUCUACAGCGGCAUGGAUGUGACAGUUUUGUCUGCGAUACCUAGUCCUGGGGAUACGAUUGGCAUGCUUAAAAAGCACACUGCCACUCUGGAGACAUUAUGCCUCGAUUUCCCCAGCUUCAUUUACCGGAGAGAUCAUGGCCCCUUGCGCUGUUUGGGGGAGUUCACGGCAUUGAGGAGGCUGAGUCUUUCGGCAAGCACACUACGGUGGAUCUUUACCGAUGCUCUCUGGGACGACAAUAUUCACAAAGAGGUCGGGAGAGAAGCAGCAUUGGAUGCAAGUAUAACAUACAUCCCUUUCUUGAGGACUAUCCCACCGUCGUUGAAGGUCUUCCAUGUCGCCGGUGUGACUUCCAGAAAGUCCACGAUCCCUGGAGAGAAGAGGAUCGCUGCCUUUGAGGGAGUCGCGAAUGCCGUGCGACUCGCCAGAAUCGACGUCGCUUCCCCCAUUUGCGUCCCUGUUAACUGGACCUUGCUCGCCAGCGGUCGGCAAUCCAAGAUGGCGAAGCUGACUGACCUUCCUCCCGAGAUAAUUCUCAUGAUUAUCAAGAUUCUUCGACCUCGAUUUGAUGGCAAGCUGUUAGUCGCGACAGGCCAUGAGAAAGUAUCGGCAGGAGAUUAUUACGACACUGCAUUCGCCGUCAGCGACCUUCUUCACGAAAACAGUCAGAAGCGCCACGCUUUAGCGAGCUUUGCCCUUUCUCAUAGGGCGUUUAGUCGAGCUGCAGUUGAGCAGAUCCAUAGCAUUGUCGGAAUUCACAAUCUUCCCGAGAGCACAGGGCUGAAGAGGAUGGCAUCCCUUCUCCAACUCAUCGACCGCAACAACACUGUGCGCACCUCUAUUCGACAUCUCUACGUCCACACAGAAUAUCCAACUUCGAGAAGGGGUGUCAUGGAUUUCAAUGAAGAGGAGGUGGCUACGCUGCUGCAACCAUUCGCGCCCGCGGGCCUUGACCUGCCUUGCCAUGAUUCAAGCGCUUUUGACCCGCUGCGCACUUACCUCGGUUACUGUGUUGCCUUCAUUCUUAUUCGCCUUCCAAGUCUCCAGAAGCUCACACUUAGUGUGUCGCUACCAACGCUGCGAAUGCUGAUCCGGGUUCUCUCGAUCGCUCGAACUCACCAACAUCCCUUUUCAACCAUACCGUUGUUUGUUCCUGCUCUUCGAGCUCUUACUAUCAGCAAUAUACGGUGGGAGCAUCAUGGAGAGCCGGAAUUCUCCCAAUGGAUGAGACCCGGUUCUGAAAGAUGUUUCCACAAGUCCGUCUUCCGCAAGCAGUUGAACAUUUCUACAGUCACUUCUUUGGUGCUCGACGAAGUUCUCAUGCAUGUAACUCUCCUGGCAAAGACGCUCCGCAGCUGCUUAGCCCUGAGGAAGCUUGUAUGCGUUCGAUUCUCAGUUCAGAUGAUGUCGCCCUCGGAUCUCGAUGCAUUCAUGGAUGCCAUACGGGACCAAUACAAGACUUUGGACACACUUGGUCUUGACCUGACCACCUGUCACUAUGUGCAAAACCAGCGUGUGUAUGAUCGCAUUGCGACGCUUGGCGAUUUGCCCAAUCUGGAGCAGCUGUGGAUCACUACAUGCAGCUUCGCCGAUGACGACGAAGAAGAUAACAUCGAUAACAGCGAAAGUCAGGGCCACAACAGUAAUGAGAGCGACACAGAUGACAGUAACUUGGAAGAACAUGAGGUCUUCGAGACCUUUCUCCCAAGUCUUCCUGAGUCGUUGAAGCGUUUGCACCUAGGUGGAGGAGUGCGCCCGAUCCGACAAAGUCUGCUGGAUAUGGCCCAACGCAUCAAGAUGGGAGGUUUGAGAAAUCUGCGGGAGAUUGGACUGAGCAGAGGACAGUGGGACGAUGAGCUUGAUGAAGCGUUCGCGGAAUACGUCCCGGUGCGAACGACAGUUGAUCCACGCCCUGCUAUGUGGUAG